AGCUCUGCGCUGCUCAGCGAAGCGCAAGAACUAUGAAUGCUAUGACUUCUGCAGAGGCCAUAUCACCGUACCGUAAAUGCUGCACCGCCAAUGCAGAGGUCGGAUUGACCAUUCAGCUCCUUUAAGAGUCAUGGACAGGAUCGAAGCUGCAUGGUUGAAUGUGAGUUGCUGAUGCUGCGAUGCACCCCAAAACCGCUAACAAGAAGGGAGACCUAGGACUUGGCAUAUAGUUACAUUGUUGUUUCUGUUUGCUGUGAGGUAACAAUCCAAUUGUUUUUAUGAAAGUCGCAUUCUGAAAUUAAACCGGCAUCUCAGUCGCCUGAAAUAGUCAAAUGCGGCUCGCAUCCUAUCACACUCUGACUUUCAGCUCUAGCUCAGCAUCCAUAUUUUUUGUGCAUCCCUGUGUGAUGGUAUAGGGAGUGGCAACCUUCUGAUAAAUCAACCCAUCCGCGGACCCCUCUCCUCUAGGAAAAAAAUAUAAGUUUAUGCGUAAAUUGGACAUUAAAAGCUAAAAUGGAGAGAGAUUGCCACAAUUCCGACUUCUAGUGCCUCAAACCGAAAGCCUUGAUAGGGACUUUCUCAUCCCUGCACAUCUCCCCUGUACAUGAUGAACAUGCUGAAGUCCAGUGGACUGAAGAUCCCUGGCAGGGGCCCAAAGCACUCCCCUGGCCCCGUGGGACGAACCUCUGCUGGGGGAUCUGCUUCCGGCACUGUGGGCCAGAAAGACAACUCCCCACACAAGCAGACCUCCCCACUCCCCAGCAGCAAUGCCUCAGACAAGUCGUGCUCCAAGACAUCUGAGGUGGGGGACGACGUCCUGGGGGACUACGUAGUUAGCGAACGCGUCUGGGUCAACGGCGUCAAACCGGGCGUCAUCGCCUACCUGGGUGAGACCCAGUUCGCCCCGGGACAGUGGGCUGGGGUGGUCCUCAACGACCUGUUGGGAAAAAAUGACGGCUCUGUGGGCGGCGUGCGCUACUUUGAGUGCCAGUCACACCAGGGCAUCUUCACGCGCCCCUCCAAGCUCACCAGGCAACCGGUGGGCGAAGGGAGCGACGGCCACUCCACUGAUUCGCUGACAGCUCAGAACCUGACGCUCCAUGGCGUCAACGGGGCUUCGCCCGCUGGUCAGCGCGUGGUUAUGCCACUCAGGGAAGGCAUGCUCAACAGCUCGGUGAAGACGGGUAACGAGUCAGGUUCCAACAUGUCCGACAGCGGCUCGGUCAAGAAAGGCGGGGAUAAGGACCUUCGAGUGGGAGACCGCGUGCUGGUGGGGGGCACUAAGACAGGAGUGGUGCGCUACGUGGGGGAGACUGACUUUGCCAAGGGCGAGUGGUGCGGCGUGGAGUUGGACGAGCCCCUGGGGAAGAAUGACGGUGCAGUGGCUGGAACCAGAUAUUUCCAGUGCCCGCCCAGGUUUGGACUGUUCGCGCCCAUCCACAAGGUGGUCCGUAUCGGUUUCCCCUCCACCAGCCCGGCCAAGGCCAAGAAGAGCAAGCGCAUGGCCAUGGGGGUGUCGUCGCUGGCCCACAGCCCCAGCAGCUCAUCCAUCAGCUCUGUUAGCUCUGUGGCUUCCUCGGUGGGCGGGCGGCCCAGUCGCACUGGCCUGCUCACAGAGACGUCGUCACGCUAUGCCCGCAAGAUCUCAGGCACCACUGCGCUGCAGGAGGCACUAAAAGAGAAACAGCAGCACAUCGAGCAGCUUCUGGCCGAGAGGGACCUGGAGCGGGCCGAGGUGGCCAAAGCCACCAGCCACAUCUGCGAGGUGGAGAAGGAGCUUAGUGCCCUCAAGGCCCAGCAGCUGCAGUAUGUCACAGAGACGGAGAGCAACCUCCAGCAAGUCAAAACUCUGUUGGCAAGCACUCAGAAGGACAAAGUAGAGCUGGCCAAUCAGCUUGAAGAAGAGAAAAGGAAAGUGGAAGACCUUCAGUUCAGAGUGGAGGAGGAGUCAAUCACCAAAGGAGACCUUGAGACUCAGACGAAAUUGGAGCAUGCCCGUUUUCGGCAGCUUGAGCAGAAUCUGUUCCUCGAAAAGUCGAGAGCAGAAAAGCUUCAGAAAGAAUUAGAGCAAAGCACGGUUGAGGAGCAGAGCCGCGUCAUGCAGCUGGAGGAUGAGCUGGCCCUGCGGCGGGCCGAGAUCGAGGAGCUCCAGGUCCGGCUCCAGGACUCGUCCAUGGACGGGGACUCCACCCAGGGGCCGGUGGCCCAGUCGGAAACCCUUCUGCUCCGGGAGCAGCUCCUGAUGGCAGGCCGGGAACACCGCAAGGAGAGUAGCCAGCUGAGGGAGAAGUACAAGGCGGCAGUGGCAACGGGCCAGGAGGAGACAGACAAACUGAAAGCCAUGGUGGACAAACAGAGCCAGGAGAUCAUCGAGCUGAAGCAGAGAGUCCAGCAGGCCACUACAGAGAACAUGGAGAUGAUGGACAACUGGAAGGUCAAGCUGGACACCCUGGUCAACGACCACCAGCGCUCCCUGGAGGACCUGAAGGCCUCGCUGUCCAGCGGCUCGGCCAAAGGCCAGGAGCAGGACCCCCAGGAGCUGAGGACCACCCUGGAGAGCCUGCGCAUGGAGCACCAGCUGGAGCUGGAGAAUCUCAAGGCCAGGCACGAGAUUGAGGCGGCCAUGCUGGCCAAGGAGUGUGACGAUCUGCGUUCCCGCUUGCAGGAUGCCAAGGACCAGCUGGGCGAGAGCAGCCAGAACUGGAAUAACCAGGCCCAGACAGAGGCCAGGAGUGAUCAGCAGGCCCUGGAGCUGAGGGAGGUCUGGGAGGAGCUCCAGAAGGCCCAGCUGAGGGUGGGCGAGCUGGAGAGGCUGCAGGGCGAGCAGGACGGUGCCCGGGACGAGCUCCGGGAGCGCCUGGAGCUGGCUGAGAAGAAGAUGGUGGACUACAAGGCCCUGCAGAAGGCCGAGGCCCAGAGCCGGGAGGAGCUCUACAGCCUGGAGGAGAAGCUGAGGGUAACUGAGAACCAACUGCAGGCGGUGCAGGAUUACCACCACAUGCCACAGGACGCCAACGUUAUAGAAAAUAAUGACAUCUUGGAGGAAAAGAUUAAGCUAAAACAGAAUGUUGAAGAAACUAUGGAGAAUCUGACCAAAAGUGAAAAAGAGGUCUCCACUCUCACAUCACAGGUCGAUGCCCUCAAAUCACAGAUAACUGCCUUGGAGGGCAAAGUUCGCUUGGGUGAGAAGAAGGGCGACGCCCUGGUCAAGGAGAAGAUGCGCCUGGAGGCCGACCUCGAGUGCAUGACCAAGAAGUCCCAUGAUGCAUCGGGACAGCUGGUUGUAAUUAGCCAGGAGUUACUGAAGAAGGAGAGGAGUCUGAACGAGUUAAGGGUGUUACUACUGGAUUCCCCUCGCCACUCGCCUGGCCUGGACCGAGACCUGAGCCGAGAGGUGCACAAGGCUGAGUGGAGGGUGAAGGAGCAGAAACUCCAGGAUGACAUCAAGACCCUGAGAGACAAACUGCUCCUGCUGGGCAGGGAGAGGGGCUCGUCCCCAGAUCACCGGCGCUACUCUAUGCUGGACCCGUCAACCCUGGACUCGGAGGUGACCCGUCUGCGCCAGCGACUCAUGAGCACAGAGGAGGCCCUGAGGGGAGCCCUGGAGCACAACCAGGAAGUGGACCAGCUGGUGCAGGCCAUGCGCAUACACCCAGACAAGAGCCAGGUGCAUGGUGGUGCAAAUUCAGCCAAUGGGAUUCAUCAACAGAAUUCUUCCUUUACUCAAGAUGAACAACACUGAUAUAGGAGAAGAAGAUCCCAUCUUGAAUUGGGGAAAUGCAGAGGUACAUUUUAAAAGAAGAAGAAGUCGGUACGACUUGGGACUAGCACUCCACUGGACUCCAGACUACAUUUUCUGUUACAGUUACUACCAAAACAAUGUCUCUCUAUCUCAAUAUAUACAUUCAUCUGUUG